AUCACGCGGUGAAUAUGGCGGAUGCUGUUGGCGCUUUUGGCCUCAAACGAAAACCACCUGCUGUAAACUUCUGGCGAGUUCCGUACAGCGCCAGUGAUAAACAUUUCCUCUCCAAUACAAUACUACAAUUCUAGGCCGAAGGAACCUAACCAGCUUGCCCUUUCCUCGACUCCGGUCGUUCUGAAUACGCCAUUGUUGACGUUUGGUCACGUGAUAAGGGAUAGAUAGAGAGUCGUCUGCUCGUGGUCUUCUUAUCAAAUAUGUUCCCGAUAUCGCUCGAGGUGCUGCAGCCGACCAGACUCCGGUUACUCUUGGAGGUAGACACUUCGUGAUUCGGAUUCGUGGAAAGAUGAGGGAUACAUGAACGCUGCGACUUGACGGCCCGCGGAUACCAUGUUGUGUCGUUUGCUUGUGAUUUUAGCGGUAUGGACUGGCUUUACUUACACAAUAGGUGCCGAUUCGUCUAAAGGAGAAGCCUGUGAAUGGUUGGUAUGCAACAUCCGCCCACAAGACGAAUCCUUCGCUUGUGACAAUAACUCCUUGAUAUUCGUGGAAAGCGUCACAAACUUCAGGGGCACCCCGAACGAAGCGGCAUAUCAGAAUAUCCGACAGAUGUGCAUGGGGGUGAGGUCAUGUGACCCGUCUAGGCUGUGCAGGAGACGGACCGACCCCCUCCGUGUCCGAUACGUGUGUGUUUCUGCUUCGUCAAUGAGCAACGAAUGUGGUUGGCAUGUAGAAACAAUAUGGCGGCGCGAGGGACACAUCCAGACGCCAUAUUACCCAGCGGCCUUCCGGUCUCAGAGUUGUCUGUGGAGGAUCACCGCUCCGGAAGAUAGGUUUGUCCAUCUGUCCAUCCAUGACGUGUCUUCGGAACAUUCAUCCGGGACCUGCUACAGCAGCUUAAACAUCACCUACCAGGCGUGUGAAACUGGGGAUGUCGUAUCUGUGCUUUCCUGCGAGAGUACUGCAAAAAACGAGCUUAUAGCCUGCGGUAGCGUCAGCGUGGAGUUAAUAGCGACUCGGCCUGGGAGUAAUGUGCGAUUCUGGUUGUCUUACACAGUGACGUCUUCACCGGAAGCUGCAGUUCGGCCCCCGUUACUUCAGUUUGCUGGGCCGUGUACGCAAGGCCGGAGAACCUCAAGCCGUGCGUUAUCAUCGGAGGUUUUACCACUACCGUUUCUACGGCCGCUGUAUCCAACAGCUACUGCAGCAAUGGCAUCGUCAACAACGACUCCGGACUGGUACACCUCGGCUCUGAAUACCGCCAUUGCGAGCACGGAAGCGCCAUCUAGCGAGCGAGAGAAGAUCAGCAUCACAGUUGUGAUUAUCGUGGUAUCGACAAUCGGAGCUGUCCUGCUUGUCGCCAUCAUCCUCACAGUAAUUUUCCUGAAGCGACCUAGAAUCGAGCGCGUGGAGCAUGUCUAUGCAGUUCCGACCCCGUGCGACACAAGCCCAGGAAGCCCCCCUAAUUCAGCAUCCCCUUUAAAACACGAGAGGCCUAUAUUAAGGGACUGUUAUUGCGAGGUAGCCGACUCCAUAGCAUCCCGAGUUCAAGCCACUCCGGCGUCGCCCGGUUACGCAGAGGUCGAGGACGUUUGCAAGGGAGAUAACUGUCGUUGGGAUCCUCAGAAAUUUACAUUCGGACCAUCAAUUCGACCUUUGCCUCCGAGUCAGCUGCCGUUUUCUUCGCCGAACAUUUCAACUUUCUCCCGAACUCAUCCAAACGGAAAAACCUUCGGGGGUCUGCCUACGCAUACACGGACAUUUUCUGAUCCAGCGCCACCUGGAUUGAUGUCCAAACCAUCCGGGCCUUUCAUAACUCGCUCAACGAUAGGGAGAUCGUUUCGUGACCCCAAAAUCUCAGAUUACGAGAAUAUUAUAAUUGACAGUGAACAAAAGAGUCCGCGUUUUGCGGACCAGAAUUAUUUGCUUUAUUCCCGUCUCAGUCGAGCCACGCCUUCAGCCAAGAAAGCUCCCCAAGGAGUUGAGUGUGUUGAUGUUAAAGUCCCCAAUUCGUCUUCGGAGGGACUCUAUGCUACGAGCAGUGUCGUGAAUAAUUCUAAUGGCCCUGUCAAACAACAAGGACCCAUUCUUUCUGAUACCCGUUCUAGAACCGGAAACGGUUCAGAACCCACCCCACCAAUAUACAUUAAUGUACCCGGAAACUCACCCGGAGGUCGUUUACAUCCUCCCGGAAUCAAAACCGCCGAUAACCAAAGACAGAAAUCAAAGGGAGGUAAUCAUGUAACGGAGAACCCACGUGACAAAUAACUCAAAGUUCAAAUGGCCUUUUUCCGCAGUGAUGUGUGAUUUCUGUAAAAUAAUUCUGUAUAUAUUUUAUUUAGAAAGGAAUAUUUGUGAACGGAAUUCAACCAGAAGAUACCACUGAAGUGCUUUUCUUGUAUAUGUGAUACAGCCUUAGAAAUUAUCGAAUAUCAUCAAGUUCAAAAUAGCACAGGCGGAUACUGUGUGAACUGUGAACACAGAUUCCAUUGUACGAACAUCAACACGAUGUGUGCAUGUAAAGGGAGACAACUCAUGUUGGUACUGUGCAUUCGUGACCAACUCGUGUAAUUCAGAUUGAUAUCGCAACGGAGCACCCGAUCAGUUGCAUGAGCUUGUGGACAACCCAGGUUGCCUUGGAAGAUGCGAGGGUCGGGGAAUAAGCUCUGUGCUAAUGGAUAUACGUGUAUCCCAUCCUAAAUCAUUACUUGUCAUGACAAUGUUAUAUUUAUUCAGCAUUUAGGCUGCGAGCCGAUCAGAACAAAGAAAAGAGGGGCGGGUUUUGGAAUUUGGUAAUGGGCGACAAUGUCUAAAAGUAGAACCACUAUUUAAUUGAUAAUUCUAACAUUUAAUCGAGACUUUUCUCAAUUGGUUUACAGAUUCGGCCGAUCAUACAAAAGUGGAAAAAAUAAAAUUAUUAAAACAAUGGUAUUUUUUUUUAUCAUUUUCGUUUUUGCUCACCUGACAGAGCGUCAA